CGAGCGACGAUCGACAGUUUAGGAACAGAACAGACCAGAAUCCCAUCUAGUUGGCCGGCGCAGAUAAAAACGCACAGCAGAGCCCCAAAUCAAUAUUUGAACUGACAAAGUUAACAUAAAUAAACGGCUUGAGUGUGUGAAAAAUAAACUACAAAAUGAAGCUGAUUUGCGGAGUAUUGGCGAUCGUGGUUGCUCUCAGUGGAGUCUUGACGCUGCCUGCUCGGAACAAUCCUCAGGACGAUGCCGAGGUGAUUGACGUUCCUUCGCGCCCGCAGCCGGAUCCGAAUUUCCAUAAUUUCCGCGGUGUCAUCGAUACGGGCUCCGGCUAUCCUUUCCUCCAGUCGAAUCCCUCGUCUUUCAACGAGGGCUUCUUCAACUCCUUCGAUGAUCUGUUCCGUCGCCUGCGUACUCGUCUCUGGCCUGUGAUUGGAAGCGAUUCCGGCGAAGACGGAGCUGCUGCGGGCACCGAUGAUUCCAGCGAUGACUCUGGAUCUGGCUUCGCCUUCGGUCUGCGGCCCCUAAUUCCUAUUCCAAGGAUCCCUCUGAGCACCGAGAAUGGCAACACGACUUCCACUGUCAAGGUUGUCGACGGCCACAAGGUGGAGAUCAAUGAGACCACCUAUGGGGACACCAACAGCAUCUUCAAGCUGCGUGUGGUGAACGUGCGUCCCCUGGACAGCGGCGAGGAGGUGGCCGAGGGAGUGCACUCCGACGGAGGCAAGUUCCUGCCCGCGGCGGCUGCCGGACCUUCCACCACCUCUGGCCCACCCACCAAGGGCGGAGAAUUCGACGAUGAGGUGGAGGAGGGACGUCGCGAGCCGCUGGAGAAGCAGCCCCGGGAGAACGAGGUCCGCGACAUUGACGAGCCCCAGUCCACCACAACAACAACACCCACAAGUUAUACAACAAAAUUUGCCACCAACUCACCCGCAGACUUGGAAUCGGAAGCCACCGAUAUAAGCGAAGAUAUAGCGGAGGCCACCUCUCAGAACCAAAAAACAAUCAUGGACCCUCUUCUCGAAAUGACACAAAAGGAAGUCGAACGGAUGCAAGGUGAAGGAGUGGAGCAGGAUCACGAGGACAAGGCGUCCUUGGAGAUGAAGCAGAAGAAAGAGCGAGAGGAGUUCGAUUCGUCAGAUGAUGAAGAUGCCGAGGCCACAACCCCAGUUGAAAUGGGCGAUGCCUUCAACGAGGAGUGGGCUGAGUUUGACCAGGAAGGAGAUCAGGACCAGGAUCACGAGCUGGAUAUCGAAGCUGAUGCUGGGAAUGAGCUGAACAACGAAAUCGACAUUGAGGAGAAUUUCGUGCCCGUUGACCUCUCCAAUGACAUAGCUGUCAACGAUUUUGCUGCCGCUGACCCAGACUUCCCACUGAAUCCUGAUGCUGAGAUCAUUGUGGGUCCCGCUGUAGGCCGGACUAUGCCCAUGUUUGAGAAGCUCUCUCUGGGAGAGGCUUCCAAAUAGGCAGGGAUGUCCCCCAUUAGCUAUGUCGUUAGUCCUAAGACGCUAGUUUUAAGUCACGGAUAUCUCUGGGAGAUCCAAAGCAAUCGGAUUUUGAUUCGAAAUCGUAAUUUAUCGUAUUUAUUUCGACCAACAGCGAGAAUAAGGCGUGCGUAUGAAACGCAUGGAAGAAUAUUUAUUGCCAAACAAAAGUUUUUUAAAAUAAACAGCUUAAAAUUUAAAGAAA